AUGCGUUUCAGUAGUGACGGGGCGGAAGGGCGUACGGAACAAGCAUUGUUAGGGUUAGACAGAAGUGGGUCGAGCCAGGGACCAGGAUGGUACGACCCGCGAGUGAAUGGCGGGCGUAUGCUUGAUGUACGUCCCAAGCGCGUCAUCCAUCUAUCAAUCGCGGAACAAUUUACGACGCGCCAUUUCGGAGAGCCGUUGAACGUGAUCAUCUCCGGGCAUUCCGACCCAUACGUCCUAACAGAGUCAGGAUUCCAUUCUUACGCAAAGUCUAUCGGCUUCUCAGAAGAGUGCCUGGGUUUGCACUACGGGAACAUCCAUCGUGCGGAUUUGGGAGAUGGCGAUGGACGCAAGGAGGAGCGCUUCCUUGCUCGUCAAUAUUAUUUUCCCGUAUGGGGGACAUGCUGGGAGAGCGUAGCCGGUGGUAAUCACUUCCGCGCCUGGAAACAGAACGGAACUCUUGCGAACAGCGGUGCAUGGUUCCUUGGAGCAUCUAAGGAAGAGAACUCGGGCAAGCACCAUAUGAUCGUGGAUGAUGGAUAUAAUCUAGGCCGGGACUGGUUAGUACAGAAAGCGACAUCUGGAAGCCAUUAUCGAGGCAUGUGGUGGCGUGCAGAAGUUGUUUGGAAUGAGAACAACUUAUUACAAUCCGGAAGACGCGGCAUUAAUCAUGGUAUCGCUCAGGACGGCCGCGUCGCUAUACUGACCGUCAAGCGCGUUUGACUGAUCUCCUGGUCUGAUCCUAUCGGAGGACAACCUCGUCCUCACCCGCAUAGGCCCGAGCGUUAUCGAUAUUCAAUUGGAGGUACUGGAUUUACAUGAUAGAUGUCCGAGGACUUUGCUUUCCCGAGGAGUAAUGACUUUAUCAUCAUUUUGCUUAGUGCUAUCGUGCGUUUAAGUUAUGUUCCUUCGUGACUACGACCUUUCAUGAUACAUGCUAUCUACUAUUGUGCAUUCUUCCGAUCCUCUUUUUGCUUAUUACAUUGCAUAGAGUUCAACGUGAGCGCUGGCUUCAGGCCCUUACUCUUAUUUGAUGAUUGAUUUAUAGCGAUUGGUUCUCU